CGAUAAGUUUUGCGUAAACAAAGGGCUCAGCUUAAUGUUAAGCGCCAACGCCGAAGCUAAGCAAGCUUGUACUAUCCGCUGGUGCAUCGGGUACAUUUAAAGUUUGAACGGAAUCAGUCGUUUCUUCAAGAUAUCGUGUUAAAUUGGAAAUGCUAAUGAAAAAACUGCCAGCAUACAGACCGCAAUGCUGUAUUACUCCGUUGGCAGUGGCCGCGGAGCACAUGUGUUUCUUUCCGGAGCUACGCUCACAAUAUUCCAAGCUGCUUGAACGGUACCAAUGUAUGGUAACCAAAAAUAAGCGCAUUUGGGCUCUUGCUGAGCCAAGACGUCAAACGGGCAAAUAUUUGACACCUUGCUUUUGCCCAGAGAUAGGUAAUCGUAAGGUGGAGAUUGUGCGGGAUGAUAUUCCUGCCCGUACGCGGACUGAACAGUUAGCUUUUCCACCUGUGAUCCGACUUAUGCAACUGAAAGAACGUGAUUCCUUUAAGAGUUUCAGCAACCAACGUAAGUCCACUGUGAAUCGCAUGUUACGUAAGAGUAUGUUAUCCUUGUACAGCCGCUUGUCGAACAAGCAACCUCCCACUAAAAAAGAAAAACCGAAGAAGCUCACUGACGCUGAAGAGACGCUCAGGCAGGAGCGAUUGAAGAAGCUUGCCAAACCACGAGUUGAUAUUAACAAAGAGGAAGAGAAGAAGGAAAAGGCAGCUAAGCUGGAAAAGCUAGAAAAAGCGAAGCAACAAAAGAUACCGAAGGGUUACGGAUUCAUGGUUAAACCCAAGGGCGCAGGCUCGGCACUGCGACGUUUCAAAAAUUUAUCGAAACCAAGACAAUAUGAAAGCGAUGAACCCAAAGAAUGGGUAUUAACCAAUAAUAUGAAAUAUUACACGCCCUCCGAUAGAAUUUUAAAAAUAUCUAAACCGCGUAUUUACGAAGUAUUUGAUCCAGAGGAGGUAUACCGUGUAAAGGAGACGGCGCUCAACUACAGAGCUACGCAACGCAUUAGGGAAUUGGCUUCACCGCCUGUUUAUCAGCACAAGCCGGAAGUCAAAGAAGCGCCGUUCAAAACAAGUCCAAAUGCAUUAAAAGCAAAGACAUCGCAAAGGAUAGUGGAGCUGGCGACACCAAAAGAUUACUUUGACAAGCAUACCCGCCCCAAUCCAUAUAAAGUAUCACCAAAUGCGCUACGUGCUAGAAUUACACCGCGUCUGAGGGAGUUGGCCAAGCCGAAGACGUACAUGCUUUAGUGUUCGGCCUUAUCGGCAUUAUUUAUUUUACUUGAAAGUGCAAAUUAUGUAUGUGUUUUAUUUAAAUUUUAAGUUUAUGUGUUUAUUAAAUAAAUAUGUAGUUGUAGGUUAAAUGCGAGUUCUCAUUCCAAAUGAUGCUGCUUGGUAGUGGGUUAUUGUAUUUUGCAUCGGUCGUGAUUGAUUUGAAAUACAGUGUCCAACCGCCAAAUAUUACUUUGGAAUUUGAUCUUCGCAUUAGGCAAUCCAUCGUUAAAGCAUAUUUGCAA